AUGAGAGUGACUGAGGCCAGAGAGGUGAGUGAGGCCAGAGAGGUGAGUGAGGCCAGAGAGGUGAGUGAGGCCAGAGAGGUGAGUGAGGCCAGAGAGGUGAGUGAGGCCAGAGAGGUGAGUGAGGCCAGAGAGGUGAGUGAGGCCAGAGAGGUGAGUGAGGCCAGAGAGGUGAGUGAGGCCAGAGAGGUGAGUGAGGCCAGAGAGGUGAGUGAGGCCAGAGAGGUGAGUGAGGCCAGAGAGGUGAGUGAGGCCAGAGAGGUGAGUGAGGCCAGAGAGGUGAGUGAGGCCAGAGAGGUGAGUGAGGCCAGAGAGGUGAGUGAGGCCAGAGAGGUGAGUGAGGCCAGAGAGUGCCUUGGGACGAAAGGCAGGCCGAUUGCUUUCAUUGCAGAUGGGUCACUGGAAGGGGAGGGUGGGUGGAGGACAUUUUUUGAGACGUCUCAAAAGUGGUAUACUUACACAUGGAUGGAGGAUGGCUUACAGGAAGGUGAGGGAGGAGAGACAGCUGACGGCGGUGGGUUUUGA